AUGGGGUUCCAGCCGGCAGCGAUGCUGGGACAGAGCGCAUAUGUGUUUAUUGCCGACGACGCCUACAAGCUGGACUACCCGGCGGUGUACAGUAACGACACUGCAUCAGUGCUGGUAAUGCGGCUGAACGCCAAGGCGCAAGACGGCGCCUCAGUGGCCACCCGCCUGGUGGCUUUCAACUGCGACACAUGCAUUCUGGCAGUGGCGGUGAUGUUCCCGGAGCAGCCGGCCGAGCCGCUGCCGCACCUGGCCGUGCGCCAAAUCGAUGCACUGCAUGAGACGCAGCGCGCAAUGGCUGCGGCUGAGGCUGUCAGCCAGCAAGGAAUAUAUGUGACGCAGGCGACGCAGCCCAAGGCGUGCUUUGUUUUGGAAUGCCCCAGCGACCAGGCAAUGGCGCCUGGGCUGGUGGCGACGCCGAUUGGGCCCAGUAUCGUGUUUGUCACUAAUUCAGUAGACAGGCUGUUGCUGGUUGACGGGGAUGAGCUGAUUGGCACGCCGUUCUUACGGCUGGUUGCGCCCGAAUCCAUGGUCACUGCGUCCAAGUUCAUUGAUGAUUUGGGCAGAACCGACGAGAUCGUGUUUGCGUCGUUCUUUUUGAUGCUGCAGCCGGCAAGCGGCGAUGAGCUGCCCAACGACCGUCGUGUCGAGGUCGAGGUGGUGGGUGCGCAGUCGGAUGAUGGCGUUGUGUUUCUGUGCAGAAGGAUCCGCGUCUGCGCCGAGCCCGGCAUGCCUUCGGAGGUCUGUGUCGACGAGGACAUAGAGGACGGGUAUCUGUCGCUGGCUGAAAUUAUCAGCUCCGAGCCCGAGACUUCGGAUUGCCCGUCGCAGUGGACCAGCCUGGCCUGA